AUGGGACAAGGUGGAAUAGCUGCGACAUCACCGCAGCAAACCACCACACCCACUUCAAUCUCAGAUUACGACUCACCCGCAAACUCACCAGAAAUGCCCAAACGACCAGGUGGUUUGAGUGACGGCCCGAACGCGAGGAGUAAGACGGUCACGGUCGCAGAUGGUGAAGAUACUUUUGGUGUACUCAAUCGACAUCCUGCUGUGUCAGACAAGCAAGCUUCCCCGGACAAAUGCAAUGAUCAAAUUGCCAAUCGGGUGACGUUUAGAGUGGGAGUUAGUGAAGAUAAGAAUAAAAGGUGUAGAAGGACUAUGGAGGAUGCUCAUAGUUUCGUAUAUGACUUUGCGGGGGUGAAAGGUCAAGGGUACUUUGCUGUCUUCGAUGGCCACGCAGGUAAACAUGCUGCCGAGUGGUGUGGACAGAACUUCCACGAAUACCUUCUCGACGCUAUCCUUACACAUCCUGAUCAACCCAUUCCCGACCUCAUGAACAAGACCUUCCACGUUGUCGACUCUAGACUUUCUCACCUUGCUCAUGCUGGAAAAACCUCUUCCGGAUGUACCGCCGUGACAGCGUUCCUUCGACUGGAAAAGGGGGAUGGGCCAGACAAAAGCGGAUACAUCAAUAAUGGCUUACAAGCCAGGGGUCUGAUGGAAGGUAAAGGUGAAGAUGAGUUGGAAGCUCAAACGGCUUUACAACCUGGAUCGAGAAGAUCAUCUAUGGGAGGAGGUACAUCAGGUCAGAUGGGCGGUGCAGGUGCUCCAGGAAAUGGGUCGUCAAGUUCAGGUGGGAUGGUCAGGAAAAUGUCAAGUAAAAGAAUCAAAGAUUUCGUCAAGUCUCUUACUGGAUCCGGAUCAAGUAAUAGCAAAGACGAUGAGAAUGCCUUGGCGGAAGAUGAAGAUGAUGUGAUCAAAGCGGAAGACGGAACGAAAGUUGAAGCUAUAGAUCCUGCCAAUGAUCCUAAUUUAAGGAGAGUCCUUUAUACGGCUAAUGUCGGUGAUGCUAGAGCUGUCAUCUGCCGAGGUGGUAAAGCCGUCAGGUUGACAUACGACCAUAAAGGCUCUGACGCUCAAGAAGCCAAGAGGAUCACUGAUGCUGGCGGUUUCGUGAUGAACAAUCGAGUCAAUGGUGUCCUCGCUGUCACUCGAUCGCUUGGUGAUUCGUCCAUGAAGGAGUUCGUUGUCGGUUCGCCGUAUACCACAGAGACGGCCUUGGAUGACCAAGAUGAAUUCUUGAUCGUCGCCUGUGACGGUCUCUGGGACGUUUGCGAAGAUCAGGAAGCUGUCGAUCUCAUUCGAAAUAUAACUGAUCCUCAAGAUGCCUCCAAAUUCCUACUCGAUCAUGCCAUGUCCAACUACUCGACAGACAAUUUGAGUGUAAUGGUAAUUAGGUUUACUCAUGCUUAA